AUGACGAAAAACGAGGACUUAACAAGCGGAACAUUUGGCGAGUAUUCCAAAGAGGAGUUAAAAAAAGUGGAAUGCGUUGAGUGUAAACAGUUUAAAAAUCUUGAUAAUUGCGAAUAUGAUUACGCCACGAAUAAAUAUACUUGUAAAGAUUGUGUUGAAAGAAUGAAAUUAGAGCAAGAACAAGCGGAGGAAAAAGCCCGCCAAGAAGCGAUAAAUAAAAUGGGAGAUAAAAAUAAAAUAUUAAAGGAUUUUGAUUGUUAUAAUUGUAAAGUUCAAUUUGACAAUAACGAUUUAGCAGAAAAUAAUUUUAUUGUUGGUGUAGACGAUAACGCCAGCGAAUUAAAAAAAGAAGGCGGAACCUAUUUAGACCAACGCCAGCCAUUUUACACUGCCAUAUUACAAGUUAAAGGCGGAAAACAUAAAAAUUGCCCGAUAAGACCGAAUUGCGACGGGAUGCCGUGGAAACUAAACCACAAGGCAGAAAAAAAUAAUAUGGUAGAGGAAAUUAAACCCGACGAAAUACGAGACGCGGUUAAGGUGGUAGAAACUAAACCAAAGAGAAAGACCAAGGCAAGACAACUAAGGGGAAAAAUACAACAUCAGGAAAAAUCCAAAGAGAAAGAAAAUAUAAAAGAAAUCCCGCCCAUUGUGUCCGGAAAACAAAAAGAAGCCAAAGAACCAACCAAGGCAAGCGGAAAAGCCAAGAAAGAACGCAAAAAAUACACCCCCAAAGAGUUUUCAGUAAUCGGAGAAAUAAACGACAUCAAGAAAAAAAUAUUAUACGAAAAUCCCGAAAAGCAAUGA